AAGCAGAUAUGCGAAUUCUACUUGGCGGACGUUGAGCUACAACUAAUUGAGAAAGCCCCGAUUCGAUCAUAUCAUUUAUGCCAUUCUGAUUCGCUACGCCUUCCUGUUACUCCUACUACCAUUACUACGACUCUUCCUGAUCCUUGUCGGGCCAUUGCUACCAAUCCUACUCGAUUUACUCCAUCUGUUCCACUAUUAUCGCAGAUUGACUUCCAAUCAGAACAGAUUACUCUUGAUCUUGAUUCUUUGACUUCUACUCCUUCCAAUUAUUCCGUCUGGAUUCAUCCGCCUUCAUGUUUACCAGGUGAUAAUAUCUCCUCAAAUUUGGUGGAUUCUCUCCUGACAGGCACUUAUUCUUCCUUUCCGACCUCUACUUCCGCCUAUUCCGAUAUUUCGGUUAUCCCUGCUUGUUCGUCCCUUCAACAGACGUCUCCAAUAUCCCAUCUAUCCUUCUGCAUCGUUUUAGUUGAGGCUUUGCACGACCCCUUGAUCGAGGCAGAACGAACUCGCCAGCUGAGGCAAUAUAAGAAUCUCCAGAGACAGCUAGAGAAACGGAGGAUUAGGAGAAAGUUAAAGAAUAAUAAGCCACAUAAUUUGAUGCCGAUUGGAAACUUGGGAAGUGAAGUACGGGAAAAAAUAGGAGACGGCUAUACUAAAUUGGAUGUGAAGCUGGAUGUAGAUGAUUCUAUUUGCAUGCCCGAGAAGGAUGUGCAGGACGAUGAGGAGGAAGAUGAAGGAAAAGAGGAGCUUAGGUUGGCACUUUUGGACGAAGAAGUAUCGAAUGUAGACACUUUCACCUACUCAUGCUUUAUAUAUAACCAAAUUGACAAACCAACUAAGAUAACCGCACAAACUGACUUCGAAUUUCAGCCUUCCGAUUGGGUUAGUUUAUUCUGCUUAUCCUUUAUCAUUUUGUCUCCCUGUUUCAGACAGGUAAUGAAAUAA